AUGUCUCAAGGAUACGCCAUCGUAGACGUGGACGAAGACGAGUCGGGCGGUCUCCAGUUCAAGACCUACCUCAACGAUGCCCAGGACUCGGCCACAACCCCACUCACCGGCGGCGGCGGCGGCAGCAGUCGUGCUGCAACAGGCGCAUCCUUUACGCGCGAUACAAGCGCUGUCCCUCACUCAUUCUUCAACUUGGCCUACUACCAGGUCUACUUUGACGUCGACACAAGCACCGUCCUGCGCCGUGUGGCCAUGUCGAUGAUUCCCCGUGGAGGCUUCAUUGCAGACGCGUGCGACGGACAGGUGGACAUGUAUGGCCCCUUCUGGACCCUCACAUCCCUCAUCCUCGUCCUGUACACCACCUCGACACUCACACGGUCCAUCUCCCAGUACCUCGCAGGCGAAACUGUCGUCACCAACAUCCCGCUGCUUUCGACCGCCACCACCUUGAUUUACAUUUACGGCAUGGCCGUCCCGGCCUUGCUGUGGGCAGCCACAAAAUGGCUCGGGGUUGGCGAGUGGGGACCCGCCGAGGCUCUCGGUAUCUACGGCUACGCCAUGAGCGUGUUUGUGCCCGUGAGCUUGCUCUGCCUCAUCCCCGUGGGCAUUGUUCGCUGGGUCCUCGUUGGUCUCGGAGCACUGUCGUCGGGCUUCUUCCUCGUUACCAACAUCUACCCCGUCCUCGCCGCUAGCGAGCACCCGAUGCUGCGCUUCCUCGUCAUUGGUGUCGGCGCUUUACACGCAGGCAUGGCCCUCGCCAUGAAGAUUCUCUUCUACUCGUACUCUGUCGGUGGCGUCAACGCUGGCCCCGACCCAAUCGAGGCGCCGCUCAAGCGCGCCCUCGAGUUCUUGUCAUAG